AUCAAAUACCAGAAUGAGAAUUCCAGUCCCUUGGAAGGUCUUGGGCAGCACAGUCGGGACAGGCGGAGCUUGCACGAUCCUAUCUUCCUUCUUUUUCACACGAGAUAUCGAAUUCGUCCCUUUGGAAUCGUCCGACCCGAUCUUCCAUUCUGAGCACUUCAAGCGAUAUAACCCCUACGGCAACCCUACCAUUCAUGACCUGCAUAUUAAGAGAGUUCCUUUAUCUCAGAUAGAUCCUAAGCUCCGCGCGGACGAAGACAAGCUUCUAGAGCGGUAUUGUGGAGGCGUCUGGGCUGGUUUAGGUUUCGCCCCACAACGGAUUCUCCUCGCACUGCUGUGUAAAGAGACGGAUCGAACCGACCCAGCGGCGCCGGAAUCGGUAACGCUAUGGUCUCCCUCAGAGCUACUGGAAUCCGAGUACAAACCGGGAACUGACAUUGCGGGCCAUUUUGAGGUGAUCGAGCGGCCGAAGCAAGGCCAUUCAAUUCUCAUCCGCGGCGGCGACAAAAUAUCUAAUCGGGGGUUGCGGCCGCUGGACGGGUUCAUUGAGCUCACGGCAUCCGUCGACCAGCAACAUGGUCUGGUCGAGUUUGGAUGCAAGACUGUUUUCUUUCAGGGGCUGGGCCCCGCUGCAGGGGGGAAGCUUCCAAUGCCUGGGCCCGUGGUAUGGCUGCAUGAGCAAUAUGCGAAAGCCCUUUUGGCGUCUGGUGUAAGUUAUGUGUGUAUGUGAAUUCUACUAUAAGAUAGGCUCUUAUUGAAGUGCGUAUUCGAGCCAGAACGUUCGGGUAGGCAUAUACCAGAUAGCCCACAGUCAAUCAAGGCGAUGAAGGUGAUGGGUCUGUUGCAUCUUUCUGUCAUCAAGCGAUUCGCCCCAGCUGUAGCGGCCCUAACUGGAACUCAGCUGGACCCUUGUAUGAUGUCAGUUUGUUGGACGAACUGCAUAACCUGACCGAUUUCCUGGACGAGGAAGGCGCCUGGUUAGGACUGACAUGUGGAAAUUGUGGGCUGCUAUUUGCAAAUAGAAUGUGAGAGCCUGUACGUUGUAGGUACAGUUUCCGCCUGCUAUGCAGGCUGUGAAUCAC